UUCGUCGCACAACAAUGGCGGAUGUUAUGAACGUUGGUGUGAAUUUAGAAGCCUUUUCUCAAGCAAUUAAUGCUAUUCAAGCACUUAGAUCAAGUGUAACGAGAGUUUUCGACUCACUGAAAGAUGGAAUGAAAAAUAAGGAAACCCUUGAAGGACGUGAAAAAGCGUUUAUAACAGAUUUCCAGGAUAAUUUGCAAUCAGUGAAUCGCGACUUGAACGAGCUGGAGCGUCUGAGCACUCUGGUCGGCCGGCCGUCAGAGUCCCAUCCCUUACACAACAGUGGCUUACUCAGUUUGGACCCAGUGCAAGACAAAACCCCUCUGUACAGCCAGCUUCUCCAGGCUUAUAAAUGGUCCAACAAGUUGCAGUACCAUGCAGGCCUAGCCUCCAGCCUCCUAAACCAGCAGUCACUCAAGCGCUCAGCCAAUCAGAUCGGAGCUUCAGCAAAGAGGAGACCCAAAGUACAGCCCAGCACCCUGGUCCUGCCCAUCCAGUAUGUAGACGACGUGAUCUCUAGGAUUGGCCGCAUGUUCCCUGACCUGUCCAUCGAGCUCUUCCGGCCCAACGGAACGUCGGCUGUGCUUCUGGUGACCCUGGGAAAGGUGCUUAAAGCUAUCGUGGUGAUGAGGAGCCUGUUCAUUGACCGCACCAUUGUCAGGGGAUACCACGAGAACGUGCACUCGGAAGACGGCAAGCUGGAUAUUUGGUCAAAGUCCAACUACCAAGUGUUUCAAAAGGUGACUGACCACGCCACCACGGCCCUGCUGCACUACCAGCUCCCCCAGAUGCCCGACGUGGUGGUGCGUUCCUUCAUGACAUGGCUGAGGAGUUACAUCAAGCUUUUCCAGACUCCGUGUCAGCGCUGCGGCAGGUUCCUGCAGGACGGACUUCCGCCCACCUGGAGGGACUUCCGCACCCUCGAGGCCUUCCACGACACCUGCAGGCAGUGACGUGGACCCCGACCCAGGGCAACGCCCCUACCACCAGCACCUGCCUGUAGGGGGUGCCAGCUGCAGUCUGAUACAAGGGACUCAAUUACAAGAAGAAGAUGCGACUCUCCUGACUCUGAAAAAUGUUUUGACAGUAGAAGUGGCGAUUACACUGGACAUGCCAAAUGGAAAGCCUAGACCAGCAGCUUCAGUACUCCCGGCCUGUGCCACAUACAUGGAUACCCACAUACUGUCUUGAGUAUUGCAUGCCAUGCAUCUCCUCACAAUAAAGCACAUUCUGUACUCAGAAAUGUGAACGAUCUCCCCCCCCCCCCCUCUGUUCAGGUUUGUGAGAAGCUGUUCAGCUGUUUUACUGGGAAGGAAGACUGUUGUCAGGAAAGGUUAACACCAGGCGUACGUAUGUGGCAUGCUUAACUUGCAUAAAUUUGUGGACUACAUUUUAUUGUCCUUGGUUUCACUUUUUUCCUAAAAGAACAAGGUAUUUCAGUGAAGAACAGCAUAGGUAAAUGUUUUUCGUUUGAGUGCUUUUUAAUAUCCUUCUUGUCAUUUGAUUAUUUUAUGCUUCCCCCUAGGGAUGUUAGGGACCUGAACUACUAACUAGGUCAUAACCUCAUGAAUUCCAUGAUUGCUGCCUCUUUAUGUGAUUGAAUAAAAAAUGCUAUCUGGGUU